AUGUCUGUCGUCAAUAAAUCAGUCCAUCCGUUCGACAAAUCCCGCCUGGAUGCUCUGCUGAAUCGCAGAUUUUUCUAUGCACCAGCUUUUGAAAUCUACGGUGGUGUCGCUGGCCUCUAUGACUAUGGUCCACCAGGCUCGUCCUUACAAGCCAAUAUCACGGCGGAAUGGAGAAAGCACUUUAUCAUCGAGGAUCACAUGCUAGAACUCGAUACCACCAUCAUGACUCCUGCUCCUGUCUUCGAGACGUCUGGCCACGUCGCUAGGUUUGCAGACUGGAUGGUCAAGGAUACCAAGACUGGUGAUGUCCUCCGUGCAGAUCACCUCGUCAAAAGCGUCCUAGAAGCGCGUCUUGCCGGCGAUCGGGAAGCUCGCGGCUUGGCUGCCCAACCAAAAGAUGAUGAAAAGGAUAAAAAGAGGAAGAAAAAAGCGAAAACUGUUGUAGUCCAGCUUGCAGAUGAGCUUGUGAAAGAAUUGGAGAGUAUUCUCGCCCAGCUAGAUAAUUACUCUGGUCCAGAACUCGGCGAACUCUGCCGAAAAUACGAGAUUCGUAACCCCGAUACUGACAACGAGGUUGGCGAACCUCAGCAAUUCAAUCUGAUGUUUGCCAGCAGUAUCGGCCCCACAGGCCAACAUCCUGGGGGUGUUGAAAUACGUUGUCCAAGUUACCUCCGGCCAGAAACCGCUCAAGGCCACUUCCUCAACUUCUCCCGCCUUCUCGAAUUCAACAACGGUCGUGUACCGUUCGCAUCCGCUCAGAUCGGUCGUUCCUUCAGAAAUGAAAUCUCUCCCCGCGCUGGCUUGCUCCGGGUUCGAGAGUUCACAAUGGGUGAAAUCGAGCACUUCGUCGAUCCCGAUGACAAGAGCCACGAAAAAUUCCGCGAAGUGCGCGAUACCGUACUCAGCCUGCUCGAUCGACAUGUACAAGUUAGCGGCAGCACUCAGGUCACCCAGAUGACCAUUGGCGAAGCUGUGGACAAGGGCAUCGUUGCAAAUGAGACUCUUGGCUACUUCCUCGUCCGCAUCAACCUCUUCCUUAUUAAGAUCGGUAUCAACCCAAAACGCUUGCGGUUCCGACAGCACAUGGGGAACGAGAUGGCGCACUAUGCUACAGAUUGUUGGGACGCGGAGAUAGAGAAUGCGACAGGGUGGACUGAGUGCGUUGGUUGUGCGGACAGGGCGGCAUAUGACCUGUCAGUGCAUUCGGCACGGACUGGUCAGCCGCUUGUUGUCAGACAAGCGCUGAAAGAGCCAAUAGUGACCGAAAAGGAGGUACCAGAGUUCAACAAAAAGGUCCUCGGCAAAACAUAUGGGCGCGAUGCUGGCUUGCUGCAAAAAGCCGUCGGGGAAAUGGAUGAAUCCCAGCUUAUCAGACUAAAGGGUGAACUUGCCCAGGGGUCUGUGUAUCCUCCAAUCACUCGUCUUCAUGAAAUUGAUGGGGGCUCUUUGUACAGGCAAGCGACAAUUUCUGCCGAAGGGAAGGAGUUCAUUCUCACCCCCGAUCUGCUGGCAAUCGAACGCAAGACGUUUAAGCAAUCCAUUCGCGAAUUCACACCAAACGUCAUCGAGCCGUCAUUUGGCUUCGGUCGUAUCCUUUAUACUUUGCUUGAACAUAGUUUCUGGUGCAGAGAGCAGGAUAUAGAACGUGGGGUCCUGUCACUACCUCCCGUCGUCGCUCCCACGAAAGUCCUCAUCGUCCCUUUGAGCGCCAAGGAAGAAUUCAAUCCCCUCGUUCAGGAAGUUUCCACCAAAUUACGAAAAGCUGGUAUCUUCUCCCGUGUAGACGAUUCCAAUACCUCGAUUGGCAAACGCUACGCCCGCAACGAUGAAUUGGGGACACCAUUUGGUGUCACACUAGACUUUGCAUCUGUCCAGAACCGGACGAUGACUCUCCGUGAGCGCGAUACGACAGACCAGCUCAUCGGCCCCAUCGACGAUGUGAUCACAGUUCUCACGGAGCUGGUACAGGGUACCAUCGACUGGCCGGCUGCUUGUAAGCGCCUGCCUGCAUACGAUGGCGUACAAGCCAUCGACUAA